AUGUCUCUCGAGAAGCCGACGAGGCCUGAGGCCUCUGAAAAGGAAUCUACUGAACUAACUCCUACACAGAGAGGUGUAAUCGCAUCUCUAUGCGUCGGUACCGUCUUCGUCAUAAUGCGCACCGGCGCACGAUGGUUCAAGAAUCACAGAGUACCAGCUGAGAUGGAAGACUUGUUCAUGUACCUCGCCUUGGUGUCGUUUGCCAUUACUUGCGCGCUCUACUACGCCACGAUUGACACCUUCUUCAACGUCAUGGCCAUCGCCGCCGGGGAGAUGAAGCCAUAUGCCAGUUUGGAGCACGACGUGCGCGUCAUGCUCUACGAAUUCUUCACGGUCCAGUUCUUCUUCUGGCUGACGCUCUGGUCCGUCAAGUGGAGCUUGUUGUUCACGUUCAAGAGACUCACAGACGGGUUGCCUCUGUACAACAGGAUUUGGUGGGCGGUCCUUGUAUUCUCCGUCUUGACCUUUAUCGGAUGCUGCAUCAGCAACUUCACCAGUUGCUCGUCCAUGCAUGCUUGGUUUACGGCAGGGGAAUGCGCGACGGCUCGGGAUUCAAGGGCAAAGGACAUUAGUCUGUGGUUCAGCCUCGGCGCAGACUUGGCGACCGACCUGUUGAUCAUGGCUGUCCCAGUCCGUGUCAUUUGGAACUUGAGAAUCUCGCCUGUCGAGAAGAUUAGUAUUGGCGUCGUCUUCCUCGUCGGCAUUCUUACCAUGGCUACGGCCAUUAUCCGAAGCGUUUCGUUAGAGUCAAGCGUGUCGUCGGGACAAGUCAGCACAACGUGGCUCAUACUGUGGGCUGGGAUCGAGGGAGCUGUCGCGAUCAUUGUUGGCUGCCUUCCGUCCUUUGCCAUUUUCAUCCGCGGUCGUGUCAUUGCAUCCCGCGCCCAACCGGACGGUAGUUCAAAUAUGAACCCAUCUGGGUAUCGCUCAAAUGCCAGAUCAAAAGAGCCGACGGGCAGCAGCAGGCGUUCUCAGAAUGACCACCAAGUAUGGGAGGUGUCCGAUACAGCAAGCGACAAGAGCUUGGUUGAAGGGGGUAUCAUGGUUACAAGAAGUUGGAGCCAGAAAUGGCAGAACUCGGGGGGAAGGACGAGGAUGCACAAGGAUGGGGAAAUAGAACACGGAUUGGAUAGCAUUGUUUGA